AUGGCUUCACCGCAGCUAUGUGAUGGUCCCGAUACCAUCAACAAAUACUGUGAUCCACCGAGCUCCACGGCCCCUCCCGCGGACACCCAGCUCUCUCCCCGCGGCCACAACAUCCACGCAGCCCCGAAGAGACACGACACGACGCGGCAAAGCGAGAGGAAGACCCGGGUGGACGCCGAAAACAAGCGCGCUCCGUGGGGUCUCGUCCGUAAACAAGCCUGGAUCACACGUUUUCCCAUCAACAAGAUUCAGGAUCGUAUCUGCGCCAUGUACGGCUCGUCAGGCCUCCCGGAGCUCAUCCCGCCCUCCGGACCCCCGCGGCAGCCGGGCCCCGGGGGACAGUACAACCCGGGUCACCCACAGGUUGAGGGCCACGCCGGGGGAACCAACCCCCAGCGGCUCGGGCAGAGGGCGCCCAAGCUGGGCCAGAUUGGACGCUCCAAGAAAGUGGAACUCGAAGACGAAGACCUGGACGAUAUCAUGAACAACAACAACAACAACAACAACCACCAGUGUCCCGUGUCUCUCUCGCCCCUCUCCUAA